AUGCAAUCGGCGGUGAGCAGGAACAUGGUGGAGAGCUUGUCAGUGCCAACGUUCCGAGUUGGGUAUGCCAUCAAGACUGAUAAGCUCGAUGCACUUUAUGAGAAGGUUAAGUUGAAAGGGGUUACAAAAACAUUGUUGCUGGUGAAAGCGGCAGGCAUGGCACUUGCUCAGCACCCAGUUGUGAAUGCCAGCUGCAGGGAUGGAAAGAGCUUCAGUUACAACAGUAGUAUCAACAUUGCGGUGGCGGUUGCCAUCGAGGGCGGCCUUCUUACACCUGUAUUAGAGGAUGUUGAUAAGUUGGAUAUAUAUAUCUAUCUGCUCGCGCAAAAAUGGAGAGCCCUGCUCAAGAAGACGCGUAUGAAGCAGCUCCAACCAAAUGAAUACAACUCAGGGACGUUUUCGCUGUCCAAUCUUGGUAUGUUUGGGGUAGACAGAUUUGAUGCAAUCCUUCCACCUGGUCAGGGGGCUAUCAUGGCUGUUGGAGCAUCGAGACCUACUGUUAUUGCUGACAAGGAUGGUUUUUUCAGUAUCAAGAACGAAAUGCUGGUCAAUGUUACUGCUGAUCACAGGAUUAUAUAUGGCGCUGACUUGGCAGUAUUUGUGCAAACAUUUGCAAAGAUUGUCGAGGACCCUGAGAGCUUAACACUGUAG